AUGGCUUCUUCCGGUAACUUUGCCUUACUGGCAUCCGACUUCCAGGCUUUAGCCUCAGAGACCAAACGGAAGCAUGCUGAUAUUAAGGAGGCUGCUGACAAGGCCCUUGCUUUAAUCAGAACCUCACCCGAUCAGAUUUUAACCACCCUUCGCAAUACGGCAGUACCGAUCCCUGGUCCUGCUGAUGACAUCUUUCGACCCAUUUCGAUGGCUUGUGCGACGAAGAAUGCCAAGGUCGUAGUAAUUGCGCUUGGAAGCCUUCAAAGAUUAAUCGCAAUGGAUGCUGUCCCAUCCUGCAAAAUACCCCAGAUCGUCAAUUUGCUCUCAACCGUUCUACCGUUGGGGGUCGAGAUUCAGCUGCGUAUCCUGCAAACACUACCUUCGCUCUUCACUAAAUGCGCACAAUACCUCCAUGGCGGUUUAUUGGCGGAUGCCUUACUGCUCUGCUUUCGUCUUCAAGAUUCACGAAUUGGUGUCGUUAGCUCCACUGCUGCUGCAACUUUGAGGCAAUUGGUGAUGGUCGUAUUCGAAGGAGUAGCUGGAGAAGACAAGGCUGUCAAGUACCCACCGGGAUCAAACUCAGAACCAGAUCCCACCCGAACUGAAACCGAUUUCGUAGUUGCGAUCCCACCCUUCGAAAGUAUUCACCUCUCUGGCGAAACGGAAAGGACCGAAGCUCGACAGGUAGCCCUUCGUCCGAGUGCAAAGGAUGCUUAUCUCGUUUUUGAAGAUUUAUGCCUCCUCGUCAAUGGCGACUCGCCCACACUCCUCAAACUACAGAGUCUACCCAAAACCUUCGGUCUCGAGUUGAUCGAAAGUGUCAUGACUGGACACGGCAACCUAUUCCAACAGCAUCCUGAACUCAUUUUCGUCCUCAGAGCUCAACUGUGUCCACUCCUCAUUCGAGCCUUGAGCGAAAAACCAACAUUCCCACUCACGUUGCGGUUGAUGAGAGUGGCUUUCUUGCUACUCAAGCAGUUUUCAGACGAUCUGUUGGUUGAGGCAGAAAUAUUUCUUUCCCUGAUUAUCAAGACCAUCUCUAUCGAUCAUUCAGAAGGCCAGGCUGAACCUGUUCCAAUCUGGUUGCGAGUCUUGGCGUUGGAGAUCUUCCGUGGUUUAUGUGUCGAUUUUGAUUUACUCUUGAAGAUUUACGAGCGUUACGAUAUGCGCCGUCCAGAUCAAACCUCGGGCCUAUUCACGAGCUUGAUGGGCACGUUUAAUCGUUUGGCCUCAGAAAAGCCGGCUCUACUUGGAAUUAAUCAAGAUAUUGCAACCGGCACUUCGUCCUAUCACAUCGGCACCACUGCCAACCCGGGAGUUCAAGGAAUGAUUGACGGAGUAGUUGGGAUUGCUACACAAGCAGCUGCCCCCUUAGUGGGAGCUCAGCAAGGGGGACUUUCUUUGGCCACCGCGGCAAUGAAGCUACAAUGUAUUGACCAGUUAGACAAGGCUGAAGCACCCGUCAUUCCCGAGACUUAUGUGUACCUGCUUGCUCUACAAUGCAUCUGCAAUGUCGCCGAAGGCUUCGCCGGAUUUGCGCUGGUACAACAUGAAGAAUUCCGUCACUCAAGGCCCAACAAUGCGUCAGAUGACACACCACCACCAUCCUCCAUCCUCCCGAUCGAUGAGCUGAAAGCUGGACCCAAUAAAGAACGUCUGAAGAUGACCAAAAGCAUGGCAGACGCCAGUUGGCCUGCCCUAUUAGCCUCUUUGAAUUUUUUCGUCUCGACCAACUUAGAUGAAGGAUUGUUCAAUGAGACUCUAUCCGCAAUGCAAAGCUUUACGUAUGUUUGUGGAAUUCUUGAUCUAACCACCCCCCGAGAUGCCUUUCUGCUUAGCUUUUGCAAAUUUGCUGUCCCGCCUACCAUCUUAGCGAAUUUAAUCAUGGAGGGCUCUAGUGGCACUCCUACUAAAGCAUCGCAAAGUGUGCUAAGCGUCGACUCACUCGGUCUUGGAGCUACUCACUCGUCCACUUACUUCAGUUCGCGAAGUCUUUCUUUUCUACGCACCCUAUUAUCAGUUGCACAAUAUCUCUCCGGAGUUCUUGGCAGCUCGUGGUACACCGUUUUCGAAACUUUACAAAACGCAGACUACGUGAUUGCUGCGAAGCUCAAGAAAAGGACUACCUUGCCGAGUUCACAGACACCAAACCACAGCAGCAAUACAUCUGACGAAAGCGUGAUACAGGCCAACAUCCAAAAGCUGUUUGACUGUUCUCGCAAUUUGGAUUCAAGUGCUUUCAGUAGUUUUGUUACAGCACUCUGCCGCCUUAGCAGUGAAACAGUCGGCCUUCCUCCUGAACAUGGUGGCACUGCCACGAUAACGCCAAAGACAUCAACCUUUGAUUCGCGCCGCAAAGCCAGUGGCAUACCCACCCUUCGGAACUAUCGCCAAAAUGAACGCUCAUUUGCCGUGGCCAAAUUAGGAUCCGUGGCACUUCUCAACAUCCGACGACUCGUGUUAUCUGAAAGCGAAAUUGCCUGGACCCCAAUCACAUCACAUCUGCUUGCCGUCCAGCGCUAUCCCGAGGCGCCUAGCAACAUACGUCUACAAGCGGCAGACGUCUUCGAUCGCAUUAUACUAUCAGUUCCCAAAUUGCUGAACAACCUGGACGAGUCGCUGCAGUGCCGGAUCCAAACCCAAAUCAUUGAAGUAUUGGGACGACAGCUGCGCCGACUCCUUCCACACAAUCGUCAGCCGACCUUGAGGUUCGCAAGCUCGGGGUGGAAAUUGAUCCUGGAUGUGCUCCGAACUGCCUGCGAAACUUCAGAUACUCAAACUUCUUCAGACACCGGAACGACUCUGAAGCCAUUGAAUUAUAACUUGGGGGCGAAAGGCAAAGGAACCUCUAAACCAAGUAAUCUGCCUAGCAAACUUUCCAUCCUCGUCCGGAAUAGUUUUCCUUCAUUACAGCUCAUCUGUACCGACUUUCUGACGGCCCUAAAGUUGGAGGAAUUGGGACAAUGCAUCAGUGUUCUAGCAGAAUUCGCUCGCCAAACGGACGAUAUAAACAUAGCCCUCACGGCUGGUGGAUUACUUUGGCAAGUCUCUGAUCACGUCCAGGGGAAAAACAAAGCUUCGAAAGCGGGAGGAGAGAGUUACGUGCGACUAUGGAUGUACCUGUUAUCAAAGCUUUUGGAAUUGGUUCAUGCGUCUAGACAAGAGGUCAGGGAUGGUGCGAUUCAAACCCUCUUUCGGACAAUUGGCCUGUAUGGAAGCUCACUAUCCUCUAGUGUCUGGCAUGAGCUUUUAUGGGAGGUGAUAUUUCCGCUGUUGGAGCUUCUCAGCAACCAAAUCAACAAAACUCCUACCCAACCAUCCGGCUCCUCUGAUGAGAAUUUACCUAUUGAUGUUGCUCGGCAACCCAAUGGCGCCCCCAUUAGCCUCAAUGCGAAACAACUGGAUGACUCGAAAAUUCUGGCGCUCGAAUCAACCGGCAAGGUAGUUUCGGAUCACUUGACAUCUCACAUCAUUGUCAUGCCUCAGUUUUCGAAAACCUGGGCAACCCUCGUUGACCAUCUUUCCAGAAGUUUCACCUCCGAUCGGCCAUCCGUGAGCACAGCGUCCAUGAAGACUUUGGCUACAAUUCUAAAUACCAAUAUUUCCGGGGAUCACAAUGCCAAAGAAAUUGCUCCUGCUUGGGAAGUAGUGUGGCAUGCGUUUGUUCAAAUGAGCGAGGCGAUUGCAGCAGCAUCGUCUGACUCUAAGCCCGAUAGUAUCUACUUUACUCAAGCUGCUUUGGAAGCUUACAUUCAAGUUUUACGUCCUUUACAAAACCCAUCUCGGUUGAAAAUGAAUCACGAGAGGAUCAAAACCCUACUCGAAAUCUGUAAAAUUGUCGUUACAUAUCCGAAGAGCCCAGACUACCGUCCCGACAUCGACACAUUACCACCUGUUCCUGCGGCAGUGAUCGCCACGAUCGAUCGCAUCGAUCACGACGCCCUCGAUGUGUCUUCGGCAGUCAUAUCAUCUACCGCUGAGCUUGGUAAUCUGGCAUUUGUUUCACCCUUCGAAGUUACAGACAGGUUCUCCAAUCGGCCGUCGACCAUCAGCGUCACCUACAUCGCCCUGUUCAAAGCAAUUCAGCCAAGAUUAGUCAGUCUGGUCGAGAAAUUCCGCAAGAAGCCAGAAGUUUACAAUAGUGGCGCUUUCACCAAAGUGCUGUCGUCUUUCAGCACACCAUUGAGAUUGAAAUACGGCUGCCCAGCGGCUUCAAAACAUGGGAAGGCUCCACCUCUAUGGACGACAGCCAGUAUCUCUUUCCUAAAGAUCAUCAAGUCAUGCCUACCAUCAUUGACAGGCCUAGAUCUCAGCGUUACACGAGAUGCUUUUGAAAGCUUUUGGAAACAGGUGGUGGAAAACUUUAAUUGUGUACUUUCGGCUGAUUGUAAGCCAGAGCUAUUGUUUGAUUUGGACCAGCAACAAGCCCAAGAAAAUUUCGACUUGGCGUUUGUCGCAUCUUUAGAGCUGGACGUUCUACCGUGCUUAGGAAACUCUCGGAUUCCGGAUGACAUAAUCCGGGGUCUGGGGAUGACUGUCCAAGCAGCCUCCCGCCUGUACACCUUCGACCUUGAAAUUGAAAACAACCGCCAAGCGAUCGUGCCGGGGAAGGGAGCCACUAGUCUUGGUCAGAUACAUCCUGAGAACUGUCGGUUUAUCGAUGACUUCGCUAAACAAGCCAAAGGUGACAUAUGUGGGACCACUGCUGAUGUAACAAAGAGACCCCGUGAACGAUUCAUCUACUGGUGUUUUGAUCUCCUCUUUCUUUUCUGUAGCCCCGCCACAUCAAAAAAGUCUUUGGAAAGUGAUCUUAAACGAGUCGCCUCGAUCUGGCUACCGAUUCUUCUUACCCGAUGUAUCGCGGCUAUCAGAGCCUAUCUGGUUGACGCCCCGAUACGAGGAACCGUGCCGUUCAAUCGAUUGCGAAAUGAGGAAAUUACCUACAUUCUUCAGCAGCUGUUGACACACUCUUUGUGGGAUGGAAGUGUGGCUAUGUCACUUUCUGGGGAGUAUUCACUAACACCAUCGAAGCUGGAUCCCUCCUCGCCAUCUGAGAAGAUCUUAACGACCACACGAGCACAAACCCCGAAUGCGCAUUUACUUUGCUUACAACCGCUAUUGAUUGAUCUUUUGGCUUGUGAGAGCUCGAACCAGUUAGGAGGGAUGAAACAUAUCUAUUCCAGCUCUCAAGGCGACGGCUCCUCUCUCACUGCAUACUUCACCUCCUAUCGCGAUCUUCUGCAGAUCUCAAGCCAAAACGGGACGGAUGUGGAAGGGUGUUGGAAGGAUUUGAAACUUGGACGGAUCGGAAGAUCAGUGCCGCUGUCCGGUGAUCACGCGCAUAUCUUUGGCAAGGAUCUGAAACAGCUCGUGAUCUUAUGUUUGCGCAAGAUUUCACAACAGACUACACCAAAAAUUGACUUUUAA